GCUGAGGCAGAACUGGGCAGUCUGGCACAUUUACACACACACACACACACACACACAUACACACACUCUCUCUCUCAUCUGCUGUCAGCAGCACGCAAGAGCCGAGCCCCGCGUCUCUUUGUCCGCGAUCCCAGCGCUCUCAUCAUGACCCAGAGGUGAUCCUCGUUCCCGGUGGUUCUGGGAGUCCAGGUCUGCAGUGAAAGAGCGUAAAAGAGAGAGGCCUCUUUAUAGGUGAAGGGAUUGCCCAGGGCCACAGCGCCCAGAAUCUGAAGGAGAGCAGAAGUUAUCCAGGCAGGACUAAAGAUCAGGAUGGAGAAGGAAGAUCUGAAGAUUAUCAACAAGGGUUUGGAGGAUGAGAUGGAGCUGAGCGGGUAUCGGCUGUGCCGAUGGAAGGUGGUUCUGGUGGGUUUGGGUGGUUUCUGUACGGGUGGUUUUCUCUUCCUGCUGCUCUAUUGGAUGCCUGAAUGGUGUGUGAAGGCCACCUGCAGACGGACCACCAUCAAAGAUGCAGACGUAGCCCUCUUACGAAGCACCGAUGAGUUCAAGCGCUGGUUUAGAGCGAAGAUUCGGGUAAUGCUGGCCCCUGGGAAGGACCCUUAUGACAACCUGGCCUCUCAAACCGCCUCCCCUCAAGCCAAUGACCACACCCACAACCCCACUGACCCUGCCCCUGGGAAAAUCACCGGGAAUCCAGAGGACCAGCCUGUGCCGAGGCGUUAUUUUACCCUCCACAGCACUAAAUACUUUUGGAACGACUCCAUUCAGAACUUCGAAGUAUUGAAAGGCCUGGAAGAUCAGAGCAUGACCUGCUCUUCUGUUCACUCAAAGCACAGUUUCGGGCUCAACAAAAACCAGCAGGAGUACAGGAGAUUUUUUUUCGGACUCAAUGAAAUAGACGUGAAAGUGCCUUCUCUUUUCAAGCUGCUAAUUAAGGAGGUCCUCAAUCCUUUCUACAUCUUCCAGCUCUUCAGUGUUAUCCUGUGGUGUACUGAUGAAUACUACUACUACGCAAUGGCCAUAGUCGUCAUGUCAGUCAUAUCAAUAGCUACCUCUCUCUACACUAUUAAAAAGCAAUAUGUAAUGCUACACGACAUGGUGGCAGCACACAGUACUGUUCGAGUUACAGUCUACAGGGGCGAAAACGAAACGGAGGAAGCCCUGUCCACAGACCUGGUCCCCGGCGACGUCAUCGUCAUCCCCAGCAACGGGACCAUCAUGCCCUGUGACGCAGUGCUCAUCUGUGGCACCUGCAUUGUUAAUGAGAGCAUGCUUACAGGUGAGAGUGUUCCAGUCACAAAGACUGACCUUCCAAACCCUCAACGGGAUAAGAAGGGUGGGGAUGGAGAUGCCAUCUACAGCACAGAGGAACACAAGAGACACACGCUCUUCUGUGGCACAAACGUCAUACAGACCCGCUACUACACGGGAGAAAUGGUCAAAGCUGUGGUGGUCCGCACAGGCUUCAGCACCGCUAAAGGGCAGCUCAUCCGCUCUAUCCUGUACCCAAAACCCACAGAUUUUAAGCUGUACCGGGACGCGUACAUGUUCCUGCUGUGCCUGGUCGCUGUUGCCAGCAUCGUCUUUGUCUAUUCCUUGGUCAUGAAAAUCAUAAAUAAGGAACCAGUAAAGGAAAUCAUAGUCAAGUCUCUGGACAUCAUUACUAUCACGGUGCCCCCUGCGCUGCCGGCAGCCAUGACAGCGGGCAUCGUCUAUGCUCAACGGCGCCUCAAGAAAGUCGGGAUAUUCUCCAUCAGUCCACAAAGAAUCAACAUCUGUGGGCAGCUGAACCUGGUGUGCUUUGACAAGACAGGCACCCUUACAGAAGAUGGCUUGGACAUGUGGGGAAUUCAGCGAACAGAAGAUGGCAGAUUCCACCAUUCAGAAGAAAAAGCAGACGAUAAGAACUUGGUAACAACCAAGUUUGUGUCCUGCAUGGCCACCUGUCACUCUCUCACCAAGAUUGAGGGUCAGCUCUCUGGAGAUCCACUGGACCUCAAGAUGUUCGAGGCCACAGGCUGGAUACUGGUGGAAGCUACAGAAGAGGAGACGGCUCACCACGACCGCAUUGAACUCACUUACGUAAAACCACCCAAUCAGCUUCUGCCGCCGCCAGUCAUAUCACCCGAACAGGACAUGGAACUGUCUGAACUCUAUGAGCUCUCGGCGUCAUAUAUGAUUGGUAUCGUGCGGCAGUUCUCCUUCUCCUCCGCUCUGCAGAGAAUGAGUGUGGUUGUCCGUCAGAUCGGAGAGAGACGUAUGGAUGCCUAUCUGAAAGGAGCUCCAGAGGUUGUGGCGAGCCUGUGUAAGAAAGAAACAGUACCAGAAGAUUUUGCAGAGGUUCUGGAGAACUACACCAAACAGGGCUUCCGGGUCAUCGCUCUGGCACACAGGCGGCUGGAAUCCAAACUUACAUUUCACAAAGUGCAGAACAUUAACCGGGAUCAAAUUGAGAAAAAUAUGGAUUUUCUGGGUUUGAUCAUCAUGCAGAACAAGCUGAAAACCGAAACGCCAGGUGUGCUGGACGAUCUCCGACGUGCCAGCAUACGCACCGUCAUGGUCACAGGUGACAACAUGCUGACGGCCAUCUCCGUGGCACGAGACUGCGGCAUGAUUCAGCCACAAGACCGAGUCAUUAUUGCCGACGCGCUGCCCCCUAAAGAUGGCCAGGCUGCCAAGAUCACCUGGCACUACGCCGACAAACCCGGCAAACUCUCAAACAAGCCCACUAAACUAGAGGAGAUGGAGAUUAUUAUGGAAGAUGGGCAUUCUGUGGAUGAGAUGAAAACUCAGGAACAGUAUCACUUUGCCAUGAGCGGCAAAUCAUUUGCUGUAAUUACUGAGCAUUUCCAGGACCUGCUACAGAAGCUGGUGCUUCAUGGAACAGUGUUUGCAAGGAUGGCGCCUGACCAGAAGACUCAGCUUGUUGAGACAUUAGAAAGUGUAGAUUAUUUUGUAGGAAUGUGUGGAGACGGAGCGAACGACUGUGGGGCACUGAAGAGAGCUCAUGCUGGCAUCUCUCUGUCAGAGCUGGAGGCUUCAGUGGCUUCUCCAUUUACCUCCACGACUCCCAGCAUCACCUGCGUGCCCAAUCUGAUCAGAGAGGGCAGAGCGGCUCUCAUCACCUCCUUCUGCGUGUUCAAGUUCAUGGCUCUAUACAGUAUUAUUCAAUGCCUCAGUGUUGCCCUUCUCUACUCCAUUGGCAGUAACCUGGGUGACUUCCAGUUCCUCUUCAUCGACAUGGCCAUCAUUCUUCUAAUUGUCUUCACCAUGAGUUUGAAUUCUGCGUGGAAGGAGCUUGUCGCCCAAAGACCUCCCUCCGGCCUCGUCUCAGGUCCUCUCCUUUUCUCAGUUCUUAGCCAGAUUCUCAUUUGCCUCGGCUUCCAGAUCAUGGCCUUCCUCUUGAUCCAACAAUUGGGCUGGUACUCCAAACCAGAUUUCUACAACUGCUCUGCUCCCCAACACAUAGAUAACUCCACUGAAGAAACGUCUGAAGAACGCAUCAUGAAUGAUGUGAAUACCACACUCUUCUUCGUCUCCUCUUUUCAGUACCUCAUUGUCGCCAUUGUUUUCUCCAAAGGAAAGCCCUUCCGCCAGCCCAGCUACAAGAACUGGCCGUUUGUUCUGUCUGCUUUAAUUCUCGUCAUUUUCCUGUUUUUCAUCAUGUUUGUCCCAAUCUCUGGAAUCUAUCAAUUUUUAGAGCUUGUAUGUGUUCCUUUGAGCUGGCGUGUGUCUAUGGUGCUCAUCGUGGUGGGCAAUACCCUAGUGUCGGUCUUCAUCGAGACCGUCGUGCUUGACGUCAUCUUAUGGAAGCAUGUGUUCAGCAGAGACAAGCAGGGCAGCUAUGGCGUCUCCCCUGCAGGCCCGACACCACAGGGAGGAAUAGAUAUGUUUGGAACGAAAUGCCUGUCCUGGCUCUGCUGCCGGCAGAAAAAAGUGCCCAAGGCUCGCUACAUGCACCUGGCCCAAGAGCUGAGCGUGGAUCCAGACUGGCCUCCCAAACCUAAGAGCACUACUGAAGCCAAAGCCGCCUCUCAUCCGGAAGACUGCUCCUACCAGAUCGAGGCCGUUUCCUAGCGUCCCCCCCACCCAACACACUCCAUAUCGCAUGUCCAAACCACCAGGGAUACCUUUAAACAAAUAAAGCACUGUCGAAUAUAAAGAUUUUGUUAAGAGAUACGAAAAAGACACCAAAAACCCACAAAGGAGAGUUUGUAUUAACACCUCGGAGAUAUCUUCAGGUGAUUUAUUGGUUUUUUUUCGCCCUGCUGCUCAAGAUUGUUUGUUUUGGGUUUUUUUUUUUUUAAUGGGUGAGGCUCACAGGCUGGGAACUGUAGAAGCUCCACCCACACGGGAACGCGGUUAGUCGCCGAUAUCCACUCAAGACAUCAUGUAGACCGCAAAGUGAUUGAACUCUACCAAAUGUGGCUCUUUUACAUCACCUUCUCCGUGAUUUCAUGGACCUGGUGGCUCUCAGCUCUUCACUGUUACGUAGUCGGAAGCGUAUCAUCUCUCCAGGCUGCCGGCAGGGGGCUGCAUGCUAACGCUUUGCAUGCAGGAACAAACCAAACCAAACUCUAGCGGCUCACAGAAUCCAAGAUCCAGCUUCAUUUACAGCCAGCUCGUUUUUACAAAUAUAUCGAGGUAGAUAUAUAAAUAUAUAUAUAAUUACACAUGAUCUUUACUUUUCAUAUCUCUUCCCAUGGAAGAAUUGAGGCGGGAUUCGGGUGAGGAUGGCCAAACAUUGUGAAAGUCGUUUGCGUUUUGUUAACCUCGUCUGGCGCGGUAUCCAGUGAUGGGUUUUGAUUUGGUCCAUCCUGAAACUUUGUACCAAUUUUCGUUGAGGAAAAAAAAAAAAGUGUAACGACAAGUCCUGGUUUAUUCAGCAGCAUCAUUCAAUAAGGCAUUUCUGGGAAUUGCAUUGCGAAUCGGCUGGAAGGGGAUCGGUUGUUCACGAAGAAAUUUAGGGCAUGUUCAAAAGUACAAACGGUAAGAGCUUGAAACUGGAGCGUUUCUGCGAGGUGGGGACUGUUAAAAUUGUUAAAAUUUUCCAAAUAAAAUCAGGCUGCCAAUGAAUUGACUCAAAAUUAGCCAGAUAACAGUAUUACUAGUGCAUGACUCCUUAACGGUUUUGCUGCUAAUCUAUCAAAGCAUUUUUUUAAAAUCUUAAGUAACAAACUAAAGGUUCGAAAUGUUUCAGAUGAUCCCUUCCUUCCUUCCAGAUGUGAUUUUUACUUGCAUAAUUUAUGCAGAGCGAUUCAACUAGCCUCGACUAGCAAGCUUGCCUCAGUGUGUCAUCUUUGGUUUCGAAGGAAAAGCGUUUCUAUAAACCGUAAACCGUAUCAGGUGGGCGCCUCUGUUUAAUCUCUGACCGUUUGUAUUGCCGCUUGUAAAGUUUUGGUCUACCAUUUCACUACUUCGGUUGGCGUCUCUUUUCAGAUUUUAACGUUUUUUAAACCCGCAGAAGUGGUUUCAAAAGGAAAAUGAUUAAUAGUACAAUUUUAUAAUUAAACGCCAAUUGCAUGUUGCAGCUUCACUUUAAUUAAUACGUGAGGUAAUGCAAUUUGUAAAACUAUUAAAAAUGUUUUACACGAACCGUUAAAUUCUGUGGAGAAAAAAAAAAGGACUCAAUUAAAGUUGAAGUUCAUGCAGUAAAUCUUACGAUCCGAUCAUGUGUGUUCCUCCAUGUUUGCAUGUAUUUAUUGUUUGGACUUCAAAUUUCAUGUUGAUUUUAUUUUACUGUAUGGGGCAUUUUAAAUCUUCAGUUUUAUCUGAAAAAGGGCUGAAUCUGUCUCUGUAUUUAUUGCUCCAUUUCUGCAAUACUUUGGUACUGUUUGUUUUAUGAAAUGGUAUUGGUCAUCCGAAAUAAUUACAGCGUGUUCUUUUCAAGCGCGUUUGUCCGAUUGUUGUAUCUGUAUGUUUGUUUGCUGGGCAUUCCUUGAACGAGGCCGUUAUGGACUGGUGAGACGAUCACAUGAUUUAUCAAUCAAACUGCCACCUCAAAGCACCAUCUACUGACCCCAGAUGGAUAAACAAACAAUCUUCAUUUUUUUUUUCCUUAACAAAUGUGAACUAUAAUGCUGAAUGAGUUGGGGAUCGGGGAAUGUUUAAAUUAUUUUCUCUUUUUUUUUUUUUUUAAUUACUGUUCUUGUUAAUGCUAAUUAUUUUUCUUUAAUUUUUUUGUAUUUAAGUAGGUCGGCUUAUCUUGAUCUGAACUGUGUGGUGUAGCAAUCAGUUUCUCUUCCUCUAGGAGGCAGUAGGUUGCUGCUAGGCCUUGGAGAACAUCAUUAAACCCCGUCGUUCAUAACAAACCUGCACCUUAUGCGCAUUUCUAUUGAUUUUGUUUGCUUUUACACUUACACUUUCAGAUGCACGCUGAAAUAUGUCAUGUCAUUCGUUAUGGUCCAUAGCAAUCAUCUAUGUGCUGAAAAAAGUUUUUUUUUUUACUUUUGUUUUUUUUAAACCGGAGCCAUGUUCAUGUCGGCAUCAUGUAACAAUGUUACUCCUUCGUUUUAUUCUUCUAUUACUGUAUGUCUUUUUCAUUUAAGAACGGUGUUAUCAAACAUGAGCAAAAGAUCAGCCACUGGUUCUUUUAAAGCUGGAGUGGUUAAUUUCCUCAGGGAAAUGUGUGUAUUUGUAAUGAUUAAUGCAAAAUAAAUAAGUAUGGAAAAAGA